AUGAUCUGGCCGUGAUUAGAGAAGAGCAAGCAGUUCGCACAUCAUAACAGCACCUUCUCCUGCACCUUGCAUGGCCCCUACCGGCGCUACAUGAUCUAUUUGGAGCAGCUGAUCCCCUGGUGCAUCGUCAUUCUCUCCGUGCUCAUCAUCCCCAUCACGUUGCUGGUCACUACGGCGCAGGCAAGCCACACACUUUGUGAAGGCGGCAUACUUGGCCGUGCGGAUCACACCUCUUCAUUUCAUUUUUAUGAUUAG